UCCUUGGAUCACAACACAUUCGGGAGAGAGUCAGAAAGAAGUGAUGAAAGAAGACAAGAGAGACCAGCAGCUGCCUCAUUCUUGAUCUUGAUAAGGCAUCAAACUUGUGGCAGUUUUACUUCUGGACAAUGAAACCGGCAGGACCAAGGUUUUCUGGCAGUGAGGAAGAACUGAAAUGAGACACAGAGACUGAGCCCUUGAAUAAAGAGAACAAGUCACGGCGGUGGACCCUGAUUGGUCCUGCAGGAGUCAGCAUAUGCCGAUGGUCGACAUGUCUGUGUGGAUGAUCCUUCCUGUCACCCUACCAGUCUUCACUAUUACAGGAAUAUGGGUCGUAUAUGCGAUGGCCCUCUACAACCAGCAUGUCUGCCCUGUGCACAACUGGUUGUAUAAUGAGUCCUGCGAGGAACAGCUCCCAUCACAACGAGGACCUGAACUGUGCUGUACCCUGGACAACAUACCCCUCAUCAGUAAAUGUGGAACUCUGCCACCUGAAAGCUGUUUCUUCAGCCUCAUAUGCAGCACAGGAGCGUUCAUGGUGAUGCUAGUCACUCUGUUGCGUUACGCUCACGUGAUUGAGAAACACCAGAACUGUGUUCUGAACAUGGCCAGCCUUUCCACCGGGUGGAUCUGUGCUGCUGGUCUCGCCAUGGUGGGAAACUUCCAGGUGGAUUUUGCCAAAGUCCUUCAUUAUAUAGGUGCUGGAGUGGCGUUCCCAUCCAGCAUUCUGUUUGUGAGCUUCCAAGCGGCUCUAACCUACAGAUUGGCCAAAACCCAAGAGGAGUAUUGGAUGGGUCACAUACGAGCGGGGAUGGCUCUGCUUGCACUGAUCGCCCUGGUGCUCAGUGGAGUUUUUUUUUGCCAGGAGAGCUUCUCCCUGCAGCACACCUCCGCCAUCUUUGAGUGGAUCUACUGCAUGGUCAUCAUGUUCUUCUAUGGGACUUUUGCCUUUGAGUUUGGAGGGGUGUCAGCGAACACCCUGAUCGUUCUCUCCAAAGGAGGGGGACUUCCCAGCUUCUCCCUCAGUGCUCACAAGCCGGAGAUCGGCGGAGGGCCCGUCCUCCACCAGGCAGAGAACCUGUCAAUCCUUUAAUGGAACAUCACUGGAGGUCACUGAGUAAAACAUGGAGGAAGACCCUAAUUGCUACGCUCGUGUUGCACAUUCAGUAGCCUCAGCACCGAAGACACUCAUAGACUUGUAGUCUGCUACGCUGCGUAACAUUGCACAGUUUCACAAGUGCCCUCUUGCAGACAGAGGCCAGUUACGAUCUAUACGUGUGGACAGAGUUCUCGUUGUUUGUUUUAUUUUGUCCUUAUGUAAUGAUCAGCCUCUGAGUCCUCAGCCGGAGCUGCCUUUCAUCUGAACAAAUAUCUUCAAAAAGUGCCUCAGAAGUCUCUCAGAGUUGAAAUGUUCAGACACAGAGCCUGUGUAUUGUUUUCUGGCAGGAAAUUCUGUUACAUCACCAGCUCUCACCCUUUCUGUCUGCACUAAGGUGAGGUUUUCCAAAAGCUUCAGACAAUGGGUGGACGUAACUGGGUGCCAAUAAUAAUUUUCUUUCAUCUGAAGUGGAUUUUCUAUCCAAAUUUCCAGAUAUGAGUGUUUGUUUUCACUCUGAACAGCUCAUGUGAUUUGUUUUUCAGAUUAUAAUAUGCUAGCCAAUGCAACAUAAUGUUGAGGUAGAUACCUCAUUUUUGCAUAUAAGCUCUGCUCUGUUGUAUAUUUGAUCUCAUCAGCUGUUUUGAGAAAUAAAAUUCUGCAUAGAGCAUACAGACUAGAAAAUAAAGCAAAAUGAAAACUG